AUGGCCGAUUCCAACACCAAGGAGUUCAUCCAAUACAUGAACCUUGAAAAGGUCAAGUCUAUUGACAUGCCACGGUAUGAAUUGCAUUCUAGCUUACGUACCUACAUCAAAGAAUUUGAAUUACAGGCAAAUUUCGUAGGCAUUGAAAACAUGGAUAUCUGUACCGUCCAACUAGGUCGCUUCAUGCCUCCCGUCAUCAAAAACUGGUUACCUACCUUACCUUCCUCAGUCAGACAAAACUGGGCCAACGUAACUGAACAAAUGCUGUUACAAUUUGGUCGUCCUGCCGACGAGGAAUAUCGAGAGUUCAAGUCCAAUUUGAAGCGAUGUCAACAACCCAAGCAGGAGUCCAUCAAACUACAUAGUGCUAAAUGGAAACAUUUGCUAAGUCUGCUGCCGGAUAAUCAUAUCUCGGAUGCUCAUCAAAUAUCUUUAUUUACUCAAUCGCUACACGACAGAGGAUUACGUGCUACAUUAACAGCGUAUGUAGAACUCGCUAAGGUCACAACGGUGCAAGAAGUUAUCACGAAGGCCAUCGAUUUUGAACACAAGGCUAGGCUCAAUGAUAAUACUGAUGAACAAGCACACUUUUCGGGAUCCCACACUCAAUCCACGAUGGAUGACCCAAUGGAAGUUGAUUAUGUUAAUAGCUCAAACUCGUACAAAGACAAAAGUACUAAAAGACCAUUCAGAAAUAGCAAAAAGUCAUUCAAUUCCAAACCUCGUUCACGAUUUCCUCCGGAUCCUGUACCUCGAUUAUACAACAAACAAGGACAUCCUGUCUGCGGUCACUGCUUCGGCGAACAUCGAAAUUACGAAUGUCCCACACAGGCAUCCUCUGUGCAUCAGACAGACACUAUUGAACACCCAGAGGAUGACUCAGGAUUAAUGGAAUUGGGGUCCCCGGUUCCUCUUAAUCACAUUCGUGCUACUUCCAUGCAUGCUAUUCGAACCACUCAACAUGACAGUUUCACUCCCACAACUAAAAUCGUCAUUGGAGAUCACACUAUUCAUGCAUUAUGGGACACAGGUUCUGCUAUCACUGCCAUGGAUUAUGACACAUGCGUUACACUGCAGUUGACAAUAGACAACAAUCAGAUCAUCAGUUACACAGACGUGAACAAUCGUACAGCACAAACGAUGGGUAUUACUAAAUUGAAUCUUUUUGGUUACGAAACGAAAUUUCAUGUUAUACGCGGUUUGGCUCGUCAGGCUAUCAUCGGCUGGGAUUUCAUGUGCAGAUUUCAGGUCAAUAUGAAUACUAAACUCAAAAUGUUCACACUACAAACUGACAAUCAUCUUAUAAACUUACAUUACGAGACCACGGCUACGAGGCGUUGUAACAUCCAAUUAACCGAUUCCCAAGACGCUCGGAUACAAGAUGUAUUACAAGAGUUCAAAGAAUUAUUACGCAAAGACUCGGACAAGCCCUCAGUUACUACCAAAAUGGAAUUCACCAUCGACACGGGAGACCAUCCUCCCAUUUACAUUCGACCAAGACAUUACCAUCCUGACAUACAAUCGAAGAUCGACGCCAAGCUCUCUGAACUGGAACGCAAUGGAAUUGUCAGCAAAGUCAACUUCACGGAUUGGGGCUUCCCAGUAACAGCGGUCCCUAAGCCAAACGGCUCUCUUCGCAUAUGCGGAAACUACGUCAAACUAAAUGCGAUCACAAAGACUAUCAAGUAUCCGUUUAUCAACCUCCAUCAUGCACUGCAGUCUCUGGGCAACGCAAAAUAUUUUUCAAAAAUAGAUCUCCUGUCAGGCUAUUUUCAAAUUCCCAUUGCUGCUGCUGACAAGCCCAAGAGUGCCCUGGUAACACCUAACUCUACAUAUGUUUUUAACACGAUGGCCAUGGGGAUGAAAAAUGCCCCAGCACACUUUCAAUUAUUAAUGGAUCAGGUACUCGGGGACAUGAGAUACAGAACUGCUAUCGCUUAUCAAGACGACACCAUACUGUUCUCUGAUACCUUUGACAAUCAUGUGCUCCAGUUACGCAAACUCCUAACGAGACUGAGGGAAGCCAAUUUGACCAUCAACAUUGAAAAGUGCCAAUUUGGGCUAAAUCAAAUCAAUUUCUUAGGUUUCAUUGUCUCUGAUCAGGGUGUCCAUGCUGACAUGGAUAAAGUUACACCUAUCACUAAUCUACGGGCUCCCACAAAUAUAAAAGAGGUUGAAAGGUUACUCGGCAUGGCAGGAGUGUAUUCCAAGUUUAUAUCCAAGUAUCAAGUAAUGGUGGAACCAAUUCGACGCUUGAAGAUCAAAGAUGUACCAUUCGCUUGGGAAUCCGAACAGGAGCACGCGUUUCAAGAACUCAAAAGGUCUCUCGCUGCAUUACCUUACUUGAAACAACCCAAUUUCAAACUUCCAUUCGAGCUUCAUUGCGAUGCUGCCACCUCAGCAGGCAUUGCUGUCAUACUCUGCCAACGGUACGAUGACACACCUUACCCUCUCUCCUUCGCAUCCCGCAGUGUCACCAAGUUUGAAAAAAACUACUCCAUCCGUGAAUUGGAAGCUUUAGCCAUCAUCUUUGGGGUUAAGAAAUUUAGAAUGUAUCUUGAAUGCAACCAAUUUACCGUAUUCACUGACCAUUCAUCCCUCCAGUGGCUUCUUAAUACCGAUGCGGACAAACAACCCAGACUUUGGCGAUGGUGCCUCUUUCUACAGGCUUAUGAUUUCAAGGUUAUAUACAUACCUGGAAAGGUGAACCAUGCUGCGGAUACACUAUCUCGUGCUGCGAUUCAUGCAAUUGCCUCUCAUCAUCCGGACAUCGAUUGGGCCAAGGAACAAAGACUGGAUCCCAUGUUACGACCAUACUUUAACAACACGAAUGUCAAGUACUCCAAGCAUAAAGUCGUCGAUGGCAUAAUAUACAAGGUAGAAAACAAACAGCACAAGACCAUAGCCACAGACAUGUACAUAAUGGUACCUAGCCAUCUGGUAGCGAAUCUGAUCAGCAAACAUCAUGACUCCAAGUUUGCAGGACAUGGCGGUAUCGCCAAGACCAAGGCUUCCUUGGUAAAAGCGCACUUGUACUGGACCAACAUGACUCAUGAUAUCAAUGCCUAUAUUCAGAAGUGUCAAAUUUGUCAAAGAAUCAAGGGACAUGUUGCUACUAAGCAUAAUAUGACCACUACCCAUGGAACAGCUCCGUUCAUCAAGGUCGCAAUCGACUACUUUGGUCCUCUGCCAACGUCAAGCGCGGGACAUCAAUACGUGUUGGUGGUUAUAGACACAUUCACAAAAUACGUAGAACUAUAUCCUACCAGGUCUACAGCAUCUCAAGAAUUGGCUUCCAUCAUGUACACUCAGUUUAUAUUGCGACAUGGCGUUCCCAACGAGAUCAUGUGUGAUAACGGAAACAGCCUUGGAUCACAAUUCACCCAGCAAGUAGCAAGAUAUGUAGACAUCAACAUCGUAUACACACCGCCGUAUCAUCCAUCAUCCAACGGGAUAGUGGAACGAUUCAUGAAAACACUACGAACAAUGAUUUUAUCAUACACGGAUAUCAACCAGAUUUCUACAAGAUGGAGCAGCAACUUGAGGAUAAUUCGAUUUGUAUACAACAAUAUGUAUCACCAUUCUAUCAAGACGUCCCCAUUUGAGUUGGUCCACGGGCGCACAGCACGCACACCAUUAUCAACGAUAAUACCAGAGAAAUUACCGGAUUCAUACAAUGAACAAGACACCCCGGAAUCACACUUCGCGAAACAGUUACAAAUCAAGCUUCAAGUUACAUUUGAACAUGUACACAAACAUUUGGAGAAAAUAUAUGAUAAUCAAAAACUAACACCACAAUUUGAAAUCAAUGACAAAGUAUACAUUUUCAACAAUCGUAUUUCCACUCGCAACAAUCCAAGAAAACUACAAGUAGAUUGGAUAGGUCCUUGCACAAUACAGAAGGUCCUGUCCACCACAAGAUACGAUGUAAUCAAUGAUGCCACAGGUCAAAAACACAAAAACACCCAUGUGUCUUUUCUGAAACCAUCUCACUGA